AACCCUCGGGACUAGCAGCAUCAGCAGCUCUCCAGAGCUCAGAGGAAGAACAUCUUCCGAGUUUCAACAUUUUCUUCUCCAAAGAGACGAAAACGAAGAUCUUAGAAAUCAUCAAAUUUCUAAUCAGUACAGAAUGAGGCGUACAAGGCACGUGGUCUUACCCGUGCGGUCCUGGCAGUAUAUCGGCUUACUGCUAGUAUCACUGGCAUGCGUGACUUUCGGUUUGGUAGCUAGAGAUAGAGAAGGACAAGCAGGAAGUCUGACUGGUCCUGAACUCCUUCAUCGUGCCCCUCAUAACGUGGACGUUUGCCCGAAUUUGAAUCCUUUGGCAACAUCUUCGAUCUGUCUUGGUCUUUCGGAAAAACAAAAUCUCGCUUUGAAAAAUAAUGAAAGGAAAGAAAUCGGUUCCGAUAUCGUUCGAGUCGAGCGUAAAAAAUCGACCGAAUCGUGUAUCAAUAGGAACACACUUUUAGAAAGAAGGCAUAGAACGAUGAACGAACGUUCUUUCUAUCCAACAAAGAGACUGUCACGUUCUUUGGAACGAGUCGAUUCAAGGAUUGAAAACGUUCGAUUGUCUUAUCGUUAUUCGCCAAAUUCGGAAAUGACUCGAGAUGUAACGGAUCGUACGAGAAAACUAUCAAGAAGAUUGUCCAAUGAUAGAUCUCGGUCUAUGGAACGUCGCGAGGAACAUGGAAUCAAACGAACAGACGGACAAAGAACUCUUGAUAAUCGUGAAUUGAAAGAACGAAGAGAACGAUUCGAAAUAGACACACGUAGAAAGUUCAAUUCUCGAGCUAUCGAAAAAAGAGAGAUCAGAGGACAUCUUCGAGAAAACAUUGAAAGUCGAACGAUCAGGGAGAAUCAAAAAAGUAUUCGAGAAAGGACUCAAGAUCGUAGAUCGAACUCUGUAGAAAGACAAGAAUUCAGAAGGGAAAAUAUGGAACGGCGUUUGAUAAAAGAACGAUAUGCUAACGAUCGUAGAAAUUCUCGAAUCGAUAGUUUGGACCGUCGAUCGAAUGUAGAUGCAGAACGUAGGAAUUCUCGAAUGGAUAAUUUAAAUCGCGAACGUCGAUCGAGUGUAAGCACAGAACGUAGGAAUUCUCGAAUCAAUACUUUAAAUCGCGAACGUCGACUGAGCGUAAAUGAAGAACGUAAAAAUUCUCGAGCAAAUACUUUAAAUCGCGAACGUCGAUUGGAUAUAAGCGCAGAACGUAGAAAUUCUCGACUUGAUACCGUUAAUAUACAACGUGGAUCGAACUUAAACACAGAACGUAGAAAUUCUCGACUUGAUACUUUUAAUCGCGAACGUCGACUCAGCGUAAGUGAAGAACGUAAAAAUUCUCGAGCAAAUACUUUAAAUCGCGAACGUCGAUUGGAUAUAAGCGCAGAACGUAGAAAUUCUCGACUUGAUACCGUUAAUAUACAACGUGGAUCGAACUUAAACACAGAACGUAGAAAUUCUCGACUUGAUACUUUAAAUCGCGAACGUCGAUUGGAUGUAAGCGCAGAACGUAGAAAUUCUCGACUUGAUAUUAUUAAUAGACAACGUGGAUCAAGCCUAACGACCGAACGUAAAAAUUCUCGACUUGAUACUUUUAAUCGCGAACGUCGAUCAAAUAUGGACGCAGAACGUAGAAAUUCUCGAGCCAAUACUUUAAAUCGCGAACGUCGAUUGGAUGUAAACGUAGAACGUAGAAAUUCGAGACUUAGUACUGUUAAUACCGAACGUGGAUCGAACUUAAGCGUAGAACGUAGAAAUUCCCGACUUGAUACUUUUAAUCGCGAACGUCGAUUGGAUGUGAAUGCAGAACGUAGAAAUUCUCGACUUGAUACUGUUAAUAGCCAACGUGAAUCAAUUAUAGACGCAGAACGUAGAAAUUCUCGAGUCGAUACUUUAAAUCGCGAACGUCGAUUGGGUGUAAGUGCAGAACGUAGAAUUUCUCGACUUGACAUUGUCAAUAAGCAACGUAGAUCGAGCCUAACCACCGAACGUAGAAAUUCUCGACUUGAUAUUUUUAAUCGCGAACGUCGAUCAAACGUAGACGCAGAACGUAGAAAUUCUCGAGCCAAUACUUUAAAUCGCGAACGUCGAUUGGAUAUAAGCGCAGAACGUAGAAAUUCUCGACUUGAUACUGUUAAUAGACAACGCGAAUCAAGCCUAGCCAUCGAACGUAGAAAUUCUCGACUCGAAAUUUUUAAUCGUGAACGUCGAUCAAGCGUAGACGCAGAACGCAAAAAUUCCAGACUCGAUAUUUCUAAUCGCGAACGUCAAUCAAAUGUAGACACAGAACGUAGAAAUAGCCGACUUGACACUCUUAAUCGCGAACGUCGAUCGUUAAGUAUGACCGACCGAACACGAACCCGAAAGAUCCAGGAAAAUCGAUACGAUCGAGAAUCAAUUCUUUCGAACUCGUUAAAAAUUAGAAAAUCUACCUCUCGCGAUAAUACACCAGCCGAUCGAAAAAAUUUCCGAUCUGAAAUUAGAAACAUAAGAUUUAAUUCGUUGGAACGGCAACAAUCUGGUAACAGACUCGAGAAUUCACGAUUUGAACGAAGAAUGAUCGAUAACGAAGAUCGCAAACUCCACGAUCGUCGUACUCGUUCGGUCGACCGACGAAAUACGAACACAUUAAAUCGCAAUAACAGACAUCUCGAUUUAGAACGUAGAAUAUCAAUUGAUCGUGCAUCCGAAUAUAUAGAUCGCCGUGAUAAUAGACGCGAACUUGUUAACCGUUUAUCACGAUCUCCGUUCUCUGAUCGAAAUUCUCGAAGAGAAAUCGAUCGUACUAGAGUCGAUAGAUCGUCGGAAUCUAGAGAUAACAACGAACAACGCAAUAUUCUAUUGAACCGCCGAAUUAUGGAAACACCGAAACUAAAUCGUCGCGAAGUUAACACUCCGAGACGUACGAUUCGAUCUUCAAAUAUUGAAAAUCUUCGAAAUUCUCUUCGUUACUCUCUCGAUCGAUCCUUAGAUCGUACGAAUAGAAUCGAACGUUUCUCGAACAAACGAUCGAACGAAAAAUUGACCGAACGUAGAUCAACCCUAGGAGAAAUCGCCGAUGAGAUUUCAUUUGUGGAACGAAGACGAACGCAAUACGGACAACGUCGCAUUUCAAGAACAUUAACACCCGAAAUUUCGGAUCGUAGAUCAUUUGUUGCACGAGAAUAUCAAGUUUCCAAGCAAGGAAAAAGAUUAAGCCGCUCGUUCGAUAAUUUAAAUCGAUUGAAUUCCAACGAAAGACGCGAAUCUGUCGAAAGUAGGCGCUUCGGAACGGACAACGAUCGUAGAUCAUCUGUUUUAUCGACCGACCGACGAGACACUCGACGACAACGAGAAAAUCUUGCACGAACUUCCGUUUUACUUCGUACGACUAAUCUCCAAGAACGACGACGUUUCAAUACAAGGAUUCAAGAACGAUAUAAUAGAAAAAUCGAAAGGACGAUCGACGAAAGACGUAAAUCCAAUGAUCCUAGCUUGGCCGGUAAAAUAGAACGUUCUAUGGAAUUACGAUCCCGUGAUCAACGUAGAAAUGUUCGUUCGAAUUUGAUAGUAACGCGACAUAACGAUUCACAAAUACGAUACAUCGAUCCACUUAACCGAGAAGAAAAUGUCGAUUUUGAUAUAGGCUUUAAAUUGAUCGAACGAUCUCGAAACAACGUUAACAAGAGAUCUUCGUAUCGAAGAUCAGUCGAUCUUAGACAAUCUAAUUCUCUUCGUGAAAAAAGCAGGACCUCUGAAACGUCUACUUAUCAUCGAAAUACGAUUUUCGUUCCUAUGAUCGAUCGUGAUCGAUUAGAUUUAAUAAGAGAAGGAGCGAAGACCAGACGAUUAUUUAAUACAAAUCGCCGAACUCUGAUAAUGUCUCAAGAAUUCAGAAAUAACGAAUACGGAAGGAAAACUAGAAUGAUAGCGAACUUACUAAAAACGAACGUCCUCUCGAACUAUGAUUCCUCUUUUGAAAUUAUACGACAAACUUUCAUAAUCAUCAUUUGUAUCUUAUAUGGAUCAUCGAUGUCUAAAAAUAAUAAACUUUUUACAGGUAAUCUAAUGGAAAGUAUUCGCAAAUUUGCAUUAUGGUAAAGAUUUUACGUCGAUACUUUGCUACUUCUAACAUGCUACUUCUAUGAACCUGCUCGUCGUUGCUGUAAUAUAUCUACAUAUUAUUUAUAUGUUAUCUAUAUAUAUUAGAGUAUAUCUGCAAAUAUUCGUCUAUGCAGUUAAUGUAGAACACAAAGAAAUAACAAAGUAAUAUAUAUAUAUAUGAAGUAUAUUUUUUGUGCGAAUAAAUUGUUCAAACGAAAGUAAUAUC